AAAAAUGGCAUGGGUUGAUAAGAAAUACACUUUAUACAAGUCAGAGAACUUCGAGGAAUACAUGAAGGCCUUAGGUGUUGGCUUCUUCCUCCGCAAGAUCGGCAACAAUGUCUCACCAACAGUCUUUUUAGUAAAGAAGGGUGACUGGUAUGAAUUCCACACCGAAUCAACAUUCAAGACAACAAUCUUAAAGUUCAAAUUAGGUGAAGAAUUCGAAGAAGAAACCAUGGAUGGACGUGUCGUCAAAACGACAAUGACACUCGAUGGAAACACAUUGAAUCAAGUACAAAAGACUGAUAAGAAAUCAACAAUUAGUCGUGAAUUUUCGGAUACUGAAUGCAAGGUCAUCUGCACAUAUGGUGAUGUUGUCAGCACACGUUGGUACAAGGUUUAG